AUGCUGGAUACGUCAGUCCUAGAUGGAAUCGGAUGGAAAAUUCACGGAGACUCUCUGCCAUCGGAGGCGCAUGAAAGAACAGGAUUCGUUCCAAGAUUUUGGACCGUCAUGGAGAUGCUGCCCAUGCUUUUCAGGGCCAGCAUCUACACAGUGAAGCAGUGGUUGCAGAACAAAGAAAUAUUUAUUAACAUGUUCUCGCAGCUGCAGCAUGACCCAUACACAGGUUUGCCCAUCGGCGGUAUUGGAUGUGGUUCUAUUGGAACCGACUUUCGCGGAGGUUUCAACAAAUACUCUUUGAUUCCGGGAGUAAAAGAACAAAGCCAGGGAAACAUAAAGGCGAAUCAGGUUGUCUGGUAG